AUGACUAUAAACUUGAUGAUCCUAUUUCUCACCAUUUUGUGGCUUUAUGUACCAACGUGUAGGAAUGAGAAAAGGGAAGGCUUGAAAAUUUUCGACGUGAAUUCUGUUGAGGGUGAAUGGAAGAACGAGCAGGCUGCGGAGAGGGGGCGGAGGAGACCGAUCGGAGGGAGUCAAGUGAAAGUCGGCGAGGAUGGGGCAAUGGGCCUAAAAUGGGGUAGGCGCAAGAGGGGGAGGCGAGGUGGACUUGCUUCCGAGAUGCACAGCGAGAUGCACAGCGAGAUGCACAACGAGAUGCACAGAGAGGUGAACGGACAGGGUGAUAAACCAACGGAAGAGAGGCAUCCAGCGGAGUCCUUUGCACAAAGUACACUAAUAUACCUUUACCAAAGCAGAGACCUGGACAGCGCCCUACAAAUCAUGUUGAACCAGUACUGCCACCCGCACAUAGCAAGAUUCUCAGAAAAGACAAACCAAUGCCAUUGCUUCGAUAAACUAAAAUUAAUAAGACAUGUUAAUUCCCCUCGAUGUGUAGACAACUGCGGAAAAAUCAUUAAAUGUUUUGGGUUCCCAACAACCCUCCCAAUUAAGAGUAUCCCAAGAGAGGUUGUAAAUAGAUUAAAGAAGAAAAGUUGUAUCAUCUCAAAAAAGCAAAGAAAAUUAGAUAAUCUAUGCGGAGAAAAUAAAGUGUUUCGUUAUCAUAGAAAUAAACAAUAUUGCAUUCCUCAUAAUGUGUUAGACAUGGACAAAGUUAGCGCAAGUUGUUUUAAUGAAUUCAGUAAGAUAACCCUUUGUGCUGGUUUUUUGGAAGAUGCUGAUAAGGACAUUGCAAAUUUUAAAGUCAAUUAUAAGAAUUCUGUGCGUUCCAUUUUGUACGAUUUGUGUAGUGAAGAAUUGCGAGGGAAUGGGGAAAUGUACAAUGGGUGCCAAGACAGGUCGAUAUCAGGUCAUAUAUGUCUACCCUGGAGUGCUUUAAACAUAGUGGAAAUUUUAGGAAUAGAAUACACACAUAACUACUGUAGGAAUCCAGAAAAAUUAAGGACAAUAUAUUGCUUUGUUAACAAGAAUGGGUUUAUAUUUCGAGAAUUUUGUGAGAUAAAAAAAGACAUAAUAAUGAAUGACAUUACGUAUAUUAAUGAAUCCUUUUUUAACUUCGAUGUGACGAUGAAGAAUGUGUCCGAUUUUCGAUUAUCACUCAUCACAGGAGAUUGUUCCGAUCCACCUAAAAGAAAUGAAGACCAUCUUAGGAAUAUUAUACAAGAAUCUACUGAUUAUACUUACCAUAUUGUAGAUGGUGACAUAGCUGUGACUAUUUCCUUCAGAAAUUUUUACAUGCGGGUUUAUCGCAAUCCUGUUUUUUCUAUAUGUGCAUGCUAUAGGGAUUACUACUCUAAUGAGCACUUUAAGUCGUGCUUGCGUGGAGGCUAUUUGACCAAGGUGGGGAGCAUGCUAUCGAGCGAUCACAUUUUUAAUACAUCUGUUAAUGUGUUUAAUGUUAAUAAGGAGAAUAAUCUGUCCUUAAAUAUUGACAAUGCGCUUAUGCAGAAUAGGGAGAUCUACAUAAUGCAUGGAGAAUACUCCUAUGAAUGUAGGAACUUACGCUUUCUGGAAAAUAUGCAUCCAACCGGUUUUGAAAAAUUGAUUAAUAUAGAUAUUAGCAAGUCCAUUCAGAGAAUAACUCACAAUUGGAGCAGAUCCAAGGGGUACUCCACUGUUUAUGCCUACGCAGAUAAAAUUUUUGACAUGCAAACGAUGCUCAAUCGAAAUAAUGACUUUACCAGAGAGAUCAGUGAAGGAUUAGAUAUCAGUGGGGAGAAUGACAAAGAAGGCGUUAGUCAAUUCUCUUUUCACAAAAUUUCCAAUUUGAAAAAUGGGUCCAAUUUGAUAUGUAUAAAAAAUCCAGAAUACAGCAUAGUCAGAUACACUUACGUAGGCCGAAUUAUUUUAAGUGACUACAACACGUCGAACGUAAAGUAUAUUUUAAAAAAAGAAACCACCGUUUUUGAGGAUAGAGUCUUCUUGAACGACAUGUCAAAUUUUAGUCUGAACGAACACUUAUUUUCGUUGAGCACCAGUUCAUGCCCACUUACAAACGCCAGUCAUUUAAAAGAAUUCUCGACAAAAAUUGUAGAAGAAACGCACAUUAACAGGCUUAGGAAAUAUUCAAGCGCUUUCUACUAUAACUAUAUUAAAAGCUCCUUCAGGAAGAGUUCCCAAAAUGAUGAUAUACUUGAGGGAGCCAAAAAAAAGAAUCGCUUUUAUACUUUUUCUUUACAACAAAUAAAGAGUACUGGCGUUUCCCUAAAUUAUUUCUGCGAAAGGAAGAGUCAGUUUGAUGGACUUAGCUCCGUUUCACUCAUCAACCUUUCCAACUUCAUUUUUUCUCCGUAUGAAGAUUUUGCUCAUUUUUUCCAUGUGCGAAGCGUUCCAGACAGCACACAUAAUACCUACCUAACUAUAAAAUUGUUCGGGGUUCUUAGAACCCACUUUUAUAUCCACGAGGAAGAGACAACCCCUUUAAAAAUGAGCAUUUUGUCGCUCUGGUCCCACGAGGAGGACAACUACGUUUCCCUUUGGUUUGUGACGGCUGAGCACUUGACUCCAUUUUUUUUGAUGAAGUACAACUUUUACGCGCCCACGUUUUCCUUCCUGGAGCUGGUGCCCCCGAAGGCUCCGGCCAUCGCUACCGCUAACACAGCUAACAGCGCUAACACAGCUAACAGAUCUAACACAGCUAACCCUGGUAACGCCGCUAACCCUGCUAACCCUGGUAACGCCGCUAACCCUGCUAACCCUGGUAACGCCGCUAACCCUGCUAACCCUGCUAACCCUGGUAACGCCGCUAACCCCGUUAACAGCGUCGGCACCGCCCCAAGUGGACUCGAAACUGACGACACCAACUCGAUCCCCCCGGCGAGCUCCCAAAGUGCAGCCGACUCGUCGAUGAAUCCGAACGCCAUUGCCUACAUCUACACCUUCAGCAGGAAGCAGCUAGCCAUGAAGAAGUACAGAACCAGCGAUUUUUACGACUUCACCCUGGAGAAAACUAGGUAUGCAGUAAAGCUUUCCAGAACAAAUAGUAUACAUAAAUUCACCUACCAAGGGGACACCUUUUUUUUAUUCCUGCUUAAUGAUAAUUUAAUCUCCCUCUGGAAUAGCUAUUUUGAAGAAAUACAUUUGAACGAUUCGGACCUUAAUAAUUUUAUUAAGUCCACUCCGAUUAAGAUUCAGUGCCUGAACAAAAGCAUCAUCACGUGUUUCGUUCUAUACGAGUUUCACCAAAUUUUGUGGUUUGACCUUGUGUUGGAUCCAGCCGUGAAGUUGAGGUCUUUGACAGGGGCACCCCCAAGUGGUGCACAUGCGGAGAAGAAGGAGACCUACGCACUGGGGGAAAAGAUGACGAAGCUGUCCCCCAAGCAAUCCUUCAUAGACCAGAAGAAUGAGAAUAAAAGUUUUGGGAUUCAAUCGAAGAACGUCCCAUCAAGGGAGGUAAAAAAGGGAUACAUAAAACAUAUGUAUACGUACAUAGAAAAGGACCUGGAGAUAGUUUCCGAGAUCGCGAAGGACAUGACAGUGAUAAGGAAGAUGGACGAGUACAUCAUUUAUGUCUCCAACAGUGAGUCGAACAAAUUGCAUAUAUACUCAACGGACAUGUCAGAAAAAAAAAUAGAAUAUUACAGGUAUGUAAGGAAUGAACAUAUGUCCAGCUACAAAAUAAAUUCCAUUUUUACCUACUCGCAUAAAGAGACCAAUUUUAUUAACUCCUUCAUAACCAAGGAGAAUGAGAUGCAGCAUGCUGUGUCGUCUUUCAUGCAUGAAAGGUUGAGUACUACCAAAGUGACAUACAAACAAAAUACGUGGCAUGUGUACAAUAAGAGUAUCGAACUUGCGCCUGUCAUUAAGGGAGAUAAGAAACAGAUAAAAUAUUUUACAAUAACUGAUAUGAGCCCCUCUCUAAAGGGACAGAAAGUUAUUAUCCUCAAAAAAACGGGAGUAAUACUAAUCAAGCUGAACAAAAUUAGGACGCCAGAAAUCGAACUGACUGUGACAAUGCAUGGAUUAUUUCAUGUGUCUACUUUACAUGUCCGCUUCAAGAUCGUCUGCAUGAUUGGACACUACUUCGAAAACAAAAAGUGUCAUCCAUGUCCGAAGGGCUCCUACAACAAUCUUAAUGAGAUCAAAAAGAAUAUAAAAUGGUACACUUCGUGUAUCCCUUGUAAGGAAAAUAAAACUACCUUUGAGCCAUUUCCCACCAAAGAGCAGCACUGUGUUUGUGACGUAGGAUAUGAAUAUAUAAAGGAUCCCCAAAAUCCUCACCAAUUCAUUUGCUCUCCUUGUAAAUUUGGAGAAUAUAAGGACACCAUAUCGAAUAAUCUAUGCAAAGGAAAUGGGUGCAUCGAAAAUUCAACCUCCUACGUAUUGGGGGCUAAAACGGAGGCAGAAAGUUUCUGCACCUGCGAUCCUGGGUACUUUUUAACCUUCGAUAAGUUUGAAUCCCCUAAAUGUGAGAAGUGUUUAGCAGACCAUUACUGUCCAAGUAAAUUAGAAACAAUACAAAAGUGCCCCAAACAUAACGAGACUUUGUCAGAGGAACGAACCGAUUUUACCACCAUAGAUAGCUGCCUCUGCAAAAGGGGAUAUGAACCUAUUAACAUGAAAAAGGUACAAGAAAAGGGAUCAAGGGAAGAGCAUUAUUAUAACCUAUUCUUUAAUACCUACUCUUAUAAACCAAAGCAAAUUGACCCCAAACAUAUUUGCAUGGAAUGUAGCAUAGGUUAUUACAAAGACACUGUAUCAUCAGAGAAAUGUAAAAAAUGUCCAAACAAAUCUAUGAAUAAAAAGUUUGGAAGUACCACCGUAGAAAGUUGCAACUCAUGUUAUAGUGGUUACUACAAAGAUUCGGAGAAGGUCUGUUCUACAUGUCUCCCCAACCACUUCUGUGUGGGUAGCUUUCCUCCCGAUGAAUUGACUCAAUACAUUGGAGAUGCAGUCAUAUGUCCAAAAAACUCCGUCACGCAGGUGCCGAACGAAUAUAAUAACUCCUUUAAGGAUUGCUUAUGUAUAGAAGGGUACGUAAAGCACCUCCAAGAAUCUUACAACUUAAAUGAGCACUGUAAAUUGGCCCCACUGAACUUUUACAAAGAUACUAUAUCGAACGACUUGGGCACUUCCUGUCCCCCCAAUAGCAUCACCCUAGUGAAGGGGGCUAAAUCUAUUCACGAGUGCAUAUGCCGUAAGGGCUUUUACUAUAACAGGAAUAGGGGAAUGUGUAUGGAAUGCCCCAUAGGAUAUUACUGCCCCGAGAGAAACAGAAAGAACAAAUUUAGCGGGCCUAUAAAAUGCCCUGAAAAUUCUGGAAAUCUAAAAAUGGGUUCUUACGAAUUGGCUAACUGCCAAUGCAACUUUGGCUACACCCCCAACGCCCCGGUCAAUAAGGUUAUAAAUGCGUACACGUCUGUCAGGAGGCAGAGUACCCGCCAUAGUAGCGAACAACCUAGUCAGUUCCCCUCAUUUGUGCACUUCGGGAAAGUCCUCACAAGGAGGAACGCCUUCAUUCAUAGUAUGGCAAACGUGGCUACUACCCAUGAACAGAGCAAGACACCUAAGAAGAACCCCUCCUUGCUGCUAUGCAGCAGGUGCCCAAACUCGACCUACAAAUCGACUAUAGCGAAUGAAGCCUGUCACGAGUGCCCCCCUAAUAGUGUUACUCUUAGGAAUAUCAACAACGCAGACUUCUACUUCUGCCUCUGCAAUGAGGGGUACUACUUGGAAGAACGGACGUGCAAGCCGUGCUCCUUCACGAAGAUGUACUGCCAGGGGGAGAGCAUAUUCGAAGUGCCCCCGGACAUGUACAAUCAGAUGAUCGAGGUCAUUAGGAGGCACAUCGAGUCGUUCGGCCCCUCCCAGGGGCGCCGCUUCGUUAACUGGGUGAUCCAUGAAUAUAGUAUGCUCGGGGGUGACGGGGCGCACAGGGGGAAGGCGGAAAGUCAGAAGGGGGGUCAAUCCAGCAGUCAGGGUGGAAAUGUGGACGCAUCUCAGGGGGGGGCUCAGGGUGGAAGUGCGAGCGCAUCUCAGGGGGGGGCUCAGGGUGGAUCUCAGAGCGGAGCUGCUAUUCGACCCCGCGAAGGCGCACGUCCGGGUAAGUGGCGCAAACAGGGCAAGCGCCGCAGGAAACGCCCCAUCGGUAACUACUUCGGUAAGCCCCUCCCCGUCAUGCUGCUCAGCCGCCUGAGCACCAUAGCUGACGCGUCCACGAGUCUCUCCCUGAAGAGGCACCAACUAGCGGAUACUCCAAACGGGCAAAUGAACCAGAAAAAAAGGCAAGACAAUGUAAUGAACCUUCUUUUGAAGAGAUUCUUCUACAGAGACAACAACAACGUAGUGUACGCAAAGUAUCAGCAUUUUGUGAAAUGCCCAGAUAAUACGGCAAUCCCGCUGGGAGUAGAUUCUGUCCACAAUUACGAUGACUGUAAAUGUGCCAAGGGGUACUACCUAGAAUCGAAGGAUAUGAGCAGAUCGGUUAAGGUAUGCAAACGGUGUAAAGAAGGGACAUUCAAAAACUUCGUUGGAGAUGAAACAUCCUGUGUGUCUUGUCCCCCCAAAUCGACAAGUUUGGAAGGAUCUAUUUACCCAACGCACUGCUUCUGUAAGGAGGGUUUUUUUUACAGUAAACAGAACUGUUUGGCUUGCUUAGAAGGGGCCAUAUGCAAAGGAGGGUUAUACCAAAAUGCCAUGAGUAGAAUCCAAUUAGGGUUAGAAAAUAUUCACAUAACUGCAGAAGAUCAUGUGAAGCCAGAAUCUAAAAAAGGGUACUACUUAGAUGAAGUUAUGACAAAAAAUAUAGAUGUAAGUGAGUGGAAGUUUAUAAAAUGUCCAAUACAAGGUGCCUGUCUUGAACGAAAUAAAUGUCAUCACACCAUGAAUAAUUACUUAUGUGUAGAAUGUGCAAAGGGAUAUACCAACACAUUUAUGCGAUCUGUGUGUGUAAAAUGUCCAAAUAAUACAGUCAACAUAGUUAUCCUAUUCUCCAUCUAUAUUACAUUCUGCUUUAUCAUCAUUCUGAUAUCAUACUUGAAUGUGUCCUCUGGAUUUUACAGAAGGUCGAUCCAUUCAAUUGUUAUAAAAAUUGCUGUGAAUUAUAUUUCGAGUAUGCUACUGAUUAACAUUUUAGAAGAUAAAAAUUUCCUUUUACCAGAGUUUGUAUACCAGUUGUAUAUCAAUAUUACCAAGUUGAUAAAUAUAGGAGAGAGUAGAAGAAUCAUUAGCAUCGAUUGUUUAUUGAGACAUUAUUUUGACCUAAGCUAUGCGGACUCUUUCUUUUACUCCAGUUUGUUAUUUUUUUUUAUCCCUGUACUCCUCAUGGGGACGUUAACUUUUAUGUUAUUUGUUAUCCUGAAUAUAUACACUCUGUUGAGGAAGAGAGCAAUAGCGAACAAACUGGACUUGCUCAGUAUAGCCAAAAGGGAGAGAAUUUACUUCUUGGCAAACUCCUUGGAGAAAUGCUAUUCUAAAGAAAGAUUCAUCAUGAUGUUGAGAUAUAUAAAAUUAGAACACUACACUUGGAUGGAUAGAGCAUUUAUUUUUUUUGAAGAUAUGAUUCCAGUAUAUGUUACCUUUUUAUUUAUGAUACAUGCAAAAACGUCUCUGCGAAUGUUUCAGCUCUUUGACUGCUCGUACAUUAUGUACACAAAGAAUUUGGGCAGAUAUAUCCUAAGUAGGGUUAGUAGUGUCCAGUGUGAUUUGAAGACAGAUUAUUUGAAGUUUUUCAUUUUGGGUGUAUCAGGAACGGUUAUAUGGUCUGUGGGUAUCCCCUUACUCUCCUUCUUCGUCCUGUACACUAAUAGGCACAAUUUGUUUCAAGAAAAUGCUCGCAUAAAAUAUGGCUUCCUACACAAUGGGUAUUUGCCAAACAGGUGGUACUGGGAGAUUAUCGUCUUUGCGAGGAAGAUAUUUUUUCUUUUCAUCACCACAGUUGUGUUGUUCCCAUCAGACGAAACGAACACUUCCAAGUUGCUGCUAAUUACUUUCGUGGCGAUAUUUUCCUUGUGUGUGCAUUUUAUAUUCCAACCAUUUGAUAAGAGAAAUUUUUUUACCCUAAACAAGUUGGAAAAUACCAGCCUCUUCAUAUGGACAUCAACCAUUGUGGUUACCUCCAUUUUGCUUUCUAUCAAUUUGAAUGAAUUUCUGAACUUUGUGAUUUUGUUUUCCCUAAUUUUGCUGCAUGUCAUGUUCACUGUGAAAUUGUUGAUUUGUCUGUUCUACGAGUGCAUCGAUAACCUCAGACGGAAGAAGGCACUCUACCACGUGCCCAUUGUUAGCAGUUUUGCCAAAGCACUCGUGGAUGUUGUACAAAGGAGAAAGGCACAGGAGCCCCUAAUUUCCUACGACAAGAAUGCAAGACAAAUUUCGAUUAUUUUACCUGACCGCGUUAUGAAGAAAAAAAAAAAAGUCAGACUUUUUGCUAACCCGUUCGGGCGAAUUUUCAAAAAUGUGCGCGGCUUUUGGAAAAAGGGGAUGAAGCAGCUGGGGGGGGGCCGCUCCAGUGAUAAUGGCAGUCUUGGCAGGAUUGGCAGUCUUGGGAGUUUUGGCAGUUUUGGCAGUCUUGGCAGGCUUGGCACUCUUGGCAGUCUUCGCAGCUGUGGAAGCACCCAAAAAGGGAGCCACUGCGGUAGCCACUGCGGUAGCCGCGGAGGGCACGCGCAACUCAGGCAAGGCACAGGAGAAGAUCUCCCAAACGACGAAUCCCUUGGAAACAUCCAAAAGGGGUCAUCAAAAAAGGGGGCGAAAAGAAGACCAACACGUGGAGCCAAGAAUGACGCACAACAUGGAAGCCUGAACGUGCAGGGAAAAAAAGGAAAUAAAAAUGAUGACCAUUUUUUCCCACAAAAUUUACCGGAAAAACAAAAAAUGAGUUUCUCCUUUUUUCCCAAAAAUAAUUAUCAGUCCGUCUGUGCAAAUAUGAACAAGGAGCAGCGAAUGUUCGCAAUUGAAAUUUACAAAGAAUUGCUCGACAUAUUCAUGAAGAACGUCACGUUAACGUACAUUUCGGAAAGCUUUUUCGAAUUCAUAUUUAAAAUUACCAUCAACAUAGGAAACUUGAUUGACAAUCUGGACCAGAAGGAUAAAAUAUUCGUGUCCAUGGAUCAGGAGCAGAACUUUAAGAACAUUAUUCAGUGGUCUCUCGAACGGAUGGAAAAAUGUAGCGAAAAUAAAAAGUUGGAAGAAAGCAAGAUAAUUAAUUUGAAAAAUUGUAAAUAUGAUUGUGGUUUGCUUAAUCUCGAUGUGGACACGCUGCAAGUUCCUUCUUCGCUCUUUGAAGAGGACCGAAUGGAGUCCUAUCGAAGCGUUGGCAAGACGGCACCAGGGGAGUCGUCUAGGGAAACUUCUGGAAAGUCCAGCCUAAGCGGAGGAAAGGGUCCCGAAAUUCAAGUGUCCGAGGAAGAGAAAGAGAAACUCUUCUCAUUCUUCAGCGACGAUCUCCUGGACAGGAAAAUCCCCCUCUCCGAAUUUUAUAUAAUCCUCACAGAACUCAAGCUCAAGUAUUGCGGAAACCUCACUGCCUACUUUUACAUGUUCAGGCAAUACAAAAAAUUGGAAAAGCUCCAGGAAAGGAAGAAGCUGAGAAGGCUAAACAAGAAGCUGCGCAAGUGCCAACGAAUUAGUGACACGAAGAAGAAAAAGUCCGGCGAACAAAUGCUCGAGAAGGACAAAAUAAAAGAAAAAACAGCGCUACUGUACAAGGAACAUAAAGACCUCACUAAAAUGUUGGAGCAGCUGAAAGGGCAGUACAUUAAUAUAAGUAGGAACGAUUCGGAAAUUUUUUCAUCUGAGGAAUUUGGAAUGCCCGAUAUGGAUGGCGACAUUUCCCCUUCCAGUGGGGGCUCCAUCGAGGGCGUGCUUCUUUCGAUGGGCUUCGAUCAGAAGGAACCCGAAAGCGAUCGGGGCGAGCGGAAGUUCAAGUGA